AUGUUAUUAAAUUCAUUUUUUAAUUGUUUUUUUCUAAUAAUCUCAAUAAAUAUUAUUCAAAUUCAAUCAAAUGAUGAUCCUACAAAUGGAUCUAAACUACAAUGUUAUGUUGGGCAAAAAGUACAAUACUGGAAUGAAGAAUGGAUUGAAAAUUUAAUGUCUAUUAGAUGUAGUUUGUCUUAUUGUUCAAAUAUGACAAUUAUUCAUACAGAUAGAAGUGAAGAAGCGAAAGUUAUUAUUGAAUAUAGUUGUGGAACAGAUACAUUAAAUCUUUGUGAAAAUGUUUCUAAUAAAUGCUUAAAUGCUGGCAUACAAAAUGUAACAACAUGUUGCUGUAACACAAAUUUAUGUAACAAUUCAAAUUUUUUAACUUUUUCAAUUUCUCUAUUAAUAAUAAUUUUUUUAACAAAUCUUUAUAACUAUAUAAUUUAA